AUGGACCUCACCUUUCACUUCUGUAUCUUUGUUCGACCAGCAUCGUGCCUUUUGCUUCUUCUGAAGUCCAAUUUGCCGCCUCUCGCUGCUUUGAAAAAGGAUCACAAAGGCGCUUCCAGAAGAUUGAAAGAUGCUCCAUUGAAGCUUGAAGGCUUUGAUGGUCUUGAGAGGCCUCCAGCUCUCGGCAACACUGCCAAGCGACUGAUGGCCUGCCAGAUGUUGACUGCCUUGGGGUACUACCAGAGACGUUUUGCAAGCGGGGGGCACCCAAUCAAGCCGGUCAUCUGGGCAGCCCAAGGCAGGUUCAGGACCGACUCUGGUGAUACCUUUGGUCGAGUGGAGCUCAUGAGGAUGACCAAAGUGCGGCGGGAGAGCGGAGUAAUACCUGCAGCGACUGCAGAGUCGUCCAUCGGAUGCCGUGAUCGUGGGAUGAAGAGGAGAUGCCAGCACCGAUGUCUCGGAUUUACACCCGAAACACCGUAUAGGGCCGGCCAAAUGAUCCUUGCGUGUCGAAUGACAUAUGCACAAGUCGAUUUGAUCGAGCCCAACGACAAAGUUACCCUCGUGCCACAAUUGCCGUACCGCCGCCGCACUGUAACGCAGACGAGCUUUGCGCAAUAG